ACUAUAUCUUUCUGUGAUCAUUUAUUUUGGUCCCCACUCUGCUCCCCAAUCCCACAAACACACAACAUUUUCAAUAAAAUCUGCUCACAUCACAUCAUUUCAUUUAAAUAUAACGACUUUCUCUACUUGGGUCACCUUAGUCUUCUCCCAAACCCAAAACCCAAAACCCAAAAAAUGAACAACCUUUGUUUUCUACCUCUCCUCUUCAUCACUAUCCUCACCCUCCGGUGUCUCAAAGAUGCCUCUGCCGCCUGCCACGCGGACGACGAAUCAGCUCUGCUGGGCUUCAAGUCCGCCAUCACUGCUGACCCCUCCGGCAUACUCAGCGAUUGGAAAAAGGGUACGGACUGCUGCGCUUGGCCGAGCGUUAACUGUCGGAUCAACAACCGGGUCACGGAGCUUUCGCUAUACGGUCAAACCGACAAACCCAACAGCUUCUUAUCUGGUACUAUCUCACCAUCUCUCGCAAAGCUCAAAUUUUUAAGUGGUCUUUAUCUCCAAGAUCUCCGAAACCUCACGGGUCCCUUUCCGGCUCUGCUUUUUCAGCUGCCCAACAUCGACUUCGUAUACAUUGAGAACAGCAGGCUUUCGGGUCGGAUACCCGAAAACAUUGGGAGGUUGAGUCGUUUAGGUGCGCUUAGCUUAUCUGGGAAUCGUUUCACUGGAACGAUUCCGAGUUCCAUUUCAGAGCUGACUCAAUUAUCUCAGCUCAAACUCGGUGGGAAUCUCCUCACUGGGUACUUCCCAACUGCGAUCCAAAACCUCAAGAACCUGACUUAUCUGAGUUUGGAUCAAAACCGGUUCUCCGGUCCUUUGCCAGAGAUUUUUGGUUCGUUUUCUAAUAUUCGGAUACUUAAUCUUUCUCACAACAAGUUUUCCGGGGAAAUCCCAGGUUCAAUCUCGACCUUGGCUCCAAAACUAGCCUACCUGGAGCUAAACCAUAACCUUUUCACCGGGAAAAUCCCAGAUUUUCUAGGAAAAUUCAAGGCACUGGACACUCUUUCUCUUGGGCACAACAGAUUAUCGGGCACUGUUCCAAAAAGCUUUAGCAAUCUCACCAAGAUAUUCAACCUCGACCUUUCACACAAUUAUCUCACCGACCCAUUUCCUGAAUUGAAAGUUAAAGGCAUCGAGUCUCUAGAUUUGUCGUACAACAACUUCCAUUUGAAGACGAUUCCCAAAUGGGUCACCUCUUCGCCGAUCAUAUAUUCUCUGAAGCUUGCCAAGUGUGGAAUCAAGAUGAGGCUCGAUGAUUGGAAGCCAGCGGAGACGUAUUUCUACGACUUCAUCGAUCUUUCGGAGAACGAGAUAUCGGGUAGUCCAAUUGGGCUGUUGAACAGGACCGAAUUGUUGGUGGGUUUUUGGGCAUCAAUGAACAAGCUGAAGUUCAAUUUGGAGAGCUUGAAGAUAGUGAAGACAUUAAAGUAUUUGGAUUUGUCAAAGAAUUUGGUUUUUGGGAAAGUUCCUAAGGCUGUUUCGGGGCUUGUGAAACUGAAUUUGAGUCAUAACCAUUUGUGCGGAGCUCUUCCGGCGACUAAGUUCCCGGCGAGUGCGUCUUUGGGGAAUGACUGUCUCUGUGGACCUCCAUUGUCGCCAUGUAAAGCCUAAUCGAGCUUUUGAAAGUUAAAUCAGUGUUUACUGUUUAAAUAAGAGCCACUGGUUUUGUUCUUUUUGUCUUUUUCUAAUAUAAUAAAUAGUCAAAUAAAUUUUGGCCCUUUUUCGGUGUGUUUUAUUAUGUUGUCAAAGGCUUCUAUUUGUGGUGAUUGAAUUCUAAUUAUUUGUUUUUCUUUU